AAGCAGGAAGUAGUUGAACUCAGAUUGAAAGUGAAAGUUUGUAGAAAAACAUCAAGAUGGUAGAGAAACGGAGAAAGAAUGUUUCCCUCUCGGUGUCGGCCGCCCUCGUCUGCUCCUUACUCCUCAUGUACAUCGAUGCCUUUAGAGUCACGACAAACGAACCAGUGAUUGAGAGAUUAUUGGGCCAAGAUGUUAAAAUCCCUUGUUUUUUAUCUGGAUACGAAACCCCCGAAGUGGAUCUGACGUACGUUUCAGUCCAAUGGAUCAGGAAGUCCCCAAAUGGAAGCGCGUUGGAGGUUUAUAGAUACGAACUCCUUCGCGGUCAUGAAAUUCACAGACCGGGGUUAAAUGUAUCAGAAGAGGACAUUAAAAAAGGAGACGCUGGGUUAUACAUCCCGCAGGUCCAGGUCGCUGAUGACGGGGAGUACACCUGCAUUGUGUUUUAUACACCGGAUAAAGGAGAAGCUUCAUCCACCCUCCAUGUGUCAGAUGUGCAUCUUGGUGAGAGGUUUACGUGGAAAGACACCGGCAGGCCCCUGCUCCCCUGUCGCCAGUGAACAAGAUAAAUCCCUUCAGCCUUCAAGAACUUAACAGUCCCUGAUUAUCUGAGGUCAAGACUUCCGAGGUCUUAAAAAGCCAGUCUUGGCCACUAA